GAUUAUCUCUUGUAGCUUAAAAUGGGUAGAGUUUUUGACCGUGGAAAAGAAUCAGAUAGUAUUCAAGGGUUUUAUAAUCAUGUUGGUGAAUCAAUUGUGGAUAUGUUAGGCCUCUUGUUUGCUAAACUGCCUGAGAAUGAAGCUUGGAAUUUACAGGGUGUUGGAACUGAUUUCCUAGUGCAGCUCAAAAGAGGUAAAGUUUUUGAUCGUGGAAAAAGAACUGAACUCAUUAUGGAGUACUCAUAUCUUGCUGGUAAAUAUAGAAUAUGUGAUAUAGUUGCUUCUCAUUCGUUUAUAUUCCUUGUGUGUUUAAAUUUAAUGGAUGGAUACCACAAAAUGUUCAUUCAUGAGUUAGCUCUUGACGAUUCUCUCGAAUUGGGGUAUAUUCCUCCAUUUUUCCUUGCUGCAAACGAAGCUGAUGCUUCCACUGAUGUUGCGAGUUUCAAAUUUAAAGAAAUCGAUGAGGCUGUCGUGAUUGAUUUUGAUAGGAAUAAUCACAUCGACAUGGGUGAAGUUUGUUUUUCUGUUCCAUCUGAUUAUUGUCGAGUUUUAUUUGAUCGUGGAAAGGAUUCCCAACAUAUUACGAGGUUUUCUUUUAUUGGUGAUUUUGAUUAUUUUAGUACUGGUAUGAACUUACAUUCUGAAGAAGUUGCAACACCAGCAAUAGUUGACUUCCUCAAGCUAAAUCAAGCCACAAUUGGCAACGAAAUUGAUUCUGACAGCGAGUAUUGCUUCAACAAGUUUGAAGAGAUUUGCAAACAUUUUUGCGUACUCGAGGAAAUUUUUCAUUCUCUACAGCUAAUUACUAUGUGAUAUUGGGAAGGAUGGCCAGCGGUUGGUUCAAAUGCUUGAUAUGAGGGACGAAGUUUCUCUUCUUUCACAGCUGCAGAUAAUUUGGGUCCCUUACCAUCAAAAUUUUAGCACCAAUUAUGUACCAGCUGGAGUGUUAUCUUUACAACUGUUUCAUUCUCCAAGUACAGCUCAUGUUGUUGUUGGAAUUAAUGUUUAUACUUCUCUGUGUACAACGAGUUACCGAGUAGUAAUUCUCAUUAAGUAUACACACUGGAUAUAUGAUAGAGAUGCUACUUACAGUGAUUCACAUUCCAUUGGUGUUGAUAUUUGGGAAGUCCUCGCAAUGGGAAUUAAGUUUUUGUCUUAUGAUCUUCUGGAGUGCAGGGAAUAGACCUCAUAAGGUGUUUGUUGGAGUUUACUUCACUCUUACGACGCUUGUGAGCUCCUACUGUACCGCAGCUGGCAAUGGAUUUAUACAAAGGCUGAAGAUUGCAAGUUCAGCAGCUGAACUUGUUCGAUCUAAAUUUUGUACUUAUACAUUGAUGUUUGCACUUUCAAGAAGUUGCCUUGGAUUCUUCAGCACAAGUCUCUCCCCGUGCUGUUCAUUGCCUAUUCUUGAAUUCUAUAGUCACUAUAUUCUCCCACAAAACGGUGUCCAGGUACUUCUGAAUUCCAUCAUAAGCACUGGUUCUUCCUACUUGCACUAUGCUCACCAUGAAUUAUAUGAGUGUAUUCGCCUAUGGAGUUCGAAGGGUGGUAAUUGUUUUUCUAUCUACUUUAUUUACAUUUGAUACUUAUUUUAUCGUGGAAAGGGGUUUUCUCGAUCAAUUCUGGAUUCUUACAGUGGGACAUCUAUUUAUGACAUUGUUUUAGACCAUGGGUACCAGCUGGAAUUGUAAAAUGGAUUCAUCUUUGGAAGUUCAAAUGGUUUCCGCCUGCCUUGUGUAGUGUGAGAAACAUUAGCUGGAGUGAUAAUAUUUCUAUAUCCAUGGAGUCCCUUGAAAUAAACUGGAACUCUAGAAGUAAUUGGUUUUGCGAGGCCAAGGUCCAUAAUCAAGUUGUAGCACCCCUCAUGAGAUUUCCCAGAUGGCACCUGGCUGCUGCAAGUAGACUUUUCGGUAUGGUUAAGCAUUCGAGCUGGAUAUCUCCGUACACCUUGCACUGUGGCUGGUAUUCUUGUGGCAACCAACAGAUAAGUCUAUACAAAUGCAAUUCCACUCAAUGCCUUCUUAUUUGUUACAUUUUUAUGUGCGGACUGUCUUAUCAAACGGGGAAAGGGAAUAUCUGUCUCGUUGGUGCACUUGUUUGGAUAAUAGGAAUCCAUUUCAGUCUCGUGAUACUUCAAUAUCCUAAGGCGGUUCGAGUGGGAGUUCUAAUGUCAGAGACUUUCCGAGCUCGACUGAACCUAUUGAAAAGAAGAGGCCAGUGCCAGAUUAUAACAAGGUCAAGGGAGUAGUACGAUGUGGGACAUACUUGGUGAAUUACAAUUUUACUUUAGCUGGCAAGGGAGCAGCACUUCGUAUUCAAGACUUUUGUACAAGACUUGUCAGUUACCAAGGGUGUCUCUUUCUUACUAUCACAGCGGUUUCGGAUCUUGCAUAUGGUUCAACAAUAGCUACAGGGAUAAUGGUCAAUACAACAGUGGCUUCACGUCUUCACAGCUGCACCGCCAGGCUCCAAACCAACUUUUCGUACCUGAAGUUGCCGACUCGCCACUCAUCCUUGAGGACAAGGAUGUUUCGAAGGGGAAGGGAAUGUCAUGUACCUACUAUAUGUGAGAGGGUUCCCCUUAUCGUAUAUGUAUAUGUCUUUAGUAAUAUUGGUAUUUAAUAGUUAAAGAGUGCUAGUUAGUAGUAAGUUGUAUUAGACGGUUUAGAUGUAACCAUCUGGGAGAGUCGUUAGUGUCGGAUGCUGAGUGAUAAACCUAGCUAUAUAAGGCUAGUGCCUCUGUAAUGUGAAGCCUAAUCAAAUUA